CCCACCCCUCUUCACAAGUUCACAAUUCUUCUCCCUCUCUUUACCCUCUCUCUCCUCUGCAUCUCCGAUCCGAUCUUUCUCUCCCUACAAUGGCUUCCGUUACUCCGACGCCGCUCCUGAAAGAUGAGCUAGACAUAGUGAUACCCACAAUUCGAAACCUCGAUUUCUUGGAAAUGUGGAGGCCAUUUUUCCAACAAUACCAUCUCAUCAUCGUCCAAGAUGGUGACCCUUCGAAGGUCAUCAAGGUCCCCGAGGGAUUCGACUACGAGCUCUACAACCGCAACGACAUCAACCGAAUUCUGGGUCCCAAGGCCUCCUGCAUUUCAUUCAAGGACUCUGCUUGCCGAUGCUUUGGCUACAUGAUCUCCAAGAAGAAGUACAUCUUCACCAUUGACGACGAUUGCUUUGUUGCUAAAGAUCCAUCUGGCAAAGACAUUAAUGCACUCGAGCAGCACAUUAAGAAUCUUCUGUGCCCAUCCACACCAUUUUUCUUCAACACCUUGUACGAUCCAUACAGAGAUGGUGCUGAUUUCGUCCGUGGAUACCCAUUCAGUCUCCGUGAGGGUGUCCCAACUGCAGUUUCUCAUGGUCUCUGGCUUAACAUCCCCGAUUAUGAUGCUCCCACCCAGCUUGUCAAGCCUCUUGAGAGAAACACUAGGUUUGUAGAUGCAGUAAUGACAAUUCCAAAGGGAACCCUCUUUCCCAUGUGUGGUAUGAAUCUGGCAUUCAACCGUGAAUUGAUUGGCGCUGCAAUGUACUUCGGUCUCAUGGGUGAUGGCCAACCUAUUGGUCGCUACGAUGACAUGUGGGCUGGCUGGUGUACCAAGGUGAUCUGUGAUCACUUAGGAUUGGGAAUCAAGACAGGUCUGCCCUACAUCUGGCACAGCAAGGCAAGCAACCCAUUUGUGAACCUAAAGAAGGAAUACAAAGGUAUCUACUGGCAAGAGGAGCUGAUCCCAUUUUUCCAAUCAGCUACCCUUCCGAAGGAGUGCACCACCGUUCAGAAAUGCUACAUUGAACUCUCCAAACAAGUUAAGGCGAAGCUUGGAAAGGUCGAUGACUACUUCCUUAAGCUGGCUGAUGCCAUGGUCACUUGGAUCGAAGCAUGGGAUGAACUCAACCCAUCUGGAGGAGAAUCUGCUGAACUACCCAACGGCACCGGGAAAUAGAAAAUUCCAUUUUUAGUCACUCUAAUAUGCCAGUAGAUCUAGGCAUAUUGUCGUGAUCGGCCUAUUCAUCGGAGCUGCAGCUAAUAGCUUGAGUAUUUAUUUUGAGGUUGGAGGUUAUUAUUAUUAGUUUCUUUGUUGUCUUCUAUGAUUGUAGAACACUAAAUAUUUUGGAUUCGAUUGUAUUAGAUCUGAUGAGCAUUACUUCUUAUUAAUUUACCAUUGAAAUGAUAAUGAGCUUCGAAAAA